AUGGAUGAAUUAAAAAAACCGACCGAUGGUAAAAAUGACAACGAAAAGUCGUCCAAACGCGGUAAAGGUGGAAGCACGUUAGUUCUGUUGCAGGGCAUUAGAAAACUGGCGAUGCCCAGUAGAUCUUUCAGCGAUGAAACCCAAAACCCUGCUUUUAUAGAUGUAAAUGCUAAUCUCACAAAUAUAAGUACAAACAAUAGUUAA